AUGAUUGCCUGCAAGCGCAGCGUGUUAUUUUUACUUGCAACAUGUGCCUUAUUAAAACUCUCGGAAGGCUUGCGAGUCAACUUUACGAUGUUUUCCAACUGCCAAGAUGUGAAACUCCCGUACGAUGAGAUGCCGAUAUCGCUGGGAACGGUGAAGUACGAUCGCGACAGUGAAGGAGUGUGCGAUACGCUUCACGCUGAGUACGAUGUCCGCGAAACAUCCGACACCGUCGAGUGGGAGCUCAUCCUUACGACCUACCAGUGUGAGCUGCAAAACGCGAUCGUUUGUCUGGAUAAUCCCAAGGAGUACAUCGAGCAAAUGCACUGCGAUCGGUUCCAUUCCGAUGAAACCGGACCGUGGCAUUUCAUUUCAAACUCAAUGACUAAUGGGGAUCGCUGUGGAAGACGCACUGGUCGCUUCAACCUGGACGCUGCCGUGUUGAAGAUGAAGUACUUGGAGCAGUACAUAGCGCAGGGCAAGGGAACCUAUCGAAUUCGGAUGCUUUUCCACAUUCCCGGCACCAACAUGGAUACGCUGAAUGUGCGAGGAUGUUGCGAGAUGGAUUUCGACGUGAUCGAUUGA